UUUGGUUGAGGUUGAUCCGCUUUGCCGCGGGUGGUGUUAAUCGGUUUCCUCUCCAGCUCGGCGGCGAAGCUCUGGGGCUGCCCAUGAACGGCACCAUGGCCGCGUCCUCACACCGGAUAAUGAUGGGGCCACUGGUUGCUGCCAUCGACCAGGGAACUAGCUCCACUCGGUUUCUGGUGUUUAAUUCAAAAACAGCAGAGCUUCUCAGCCACCACCAGGUGGAAAUCAAACAGAGCUUCCCCAAAGAAGGAUGGGUGGAGGAGGAUCCCAAAGAAAUUCUGCAGUCGGUGUACGAAUGCAUGGAGCGGACAUGUGAAAAACUCACCCAGCUCAACAUAGACAUCUCAAACAUUAAAGCUAUCGGGGUGACCAACCAAAGAGAGACCACACUUGUUUGGGACAAAGAGACAGGGGAGCCCCUCUACAAUGCAAUCGUUUGGCUGGACCUGCGAACUCAAUCAACAGUUGAACGUCUAAUUAACAAAACUCCAGGAAGGAAUAAGAAUCACUUGAAGCAUAAAACAGGGCUCCCCAUCAGCACGUACUUCAGCGCGGUGAAACUUCGCUGGCUGAUGGACAACGUGGACGAGGUCCAUGAAGCCGUCGUGUCUCACCGCGCCAUGUUUGGCACCGUGGACUCCUGGCUCAUCUGGUGUUUGACAGGGGGCAAGUCGGGUGGAGUCCACUGCACAGAUGUGACCAACGCCAGCAGAACCAUGCUGUUUAACAUUCACACCAUGGACUGGGACCCAGAACUUUGCAAAUAUUUUGGUAUUCCCAUGGAGAUCCUGCCCAGAGUGAGGAGUUCUUCAGAAAUAUAUGGUCUCAUGAAAAUAUGUUCUAGCCGGAAAUCUGGAGCUCUUUCAGGCAUUCCCAUCUCAGGGUGUCUCGGGGAUCAGUCAGCAGCACUGGUUGGACAGAUGUGCUUUCAGGACGGGCAAGCUAAAAACACGUAUGGAACUGGCUGCUUUCUUCUGCGAAACACUGGAGCCAAGCCUGUAAUGUCUGACCACGGCCUUCUGACCACUGUGGCGUACAAACUUGGUCGGGACAAGCCUGCCUGUUAUGCACUGGAGGGCUCUGUGGCCAUUGCAGGAGCUGUGGUUCGUUGGCUGCAGGACAAUCUUGGGAUCAUCGGCUCAUCUGAAGAGCUCGAGAAGUUGGCUGCGUCAGUCGGUACAUCCUACGGUUGCUACUUUGUUCCUGCAUUUUCGGGUCUUUACGCGCCCUACUGGGAGCCAAGUGCACGGGGGAUCAUAUGUGGGUUAACUCAGUUUACUAAUAAGAGUCACCUCGCAUUUGCUGCACUGGAAGCAGUCUGUUUCCAGACACGAGAGAUACUAGACGCCAUGAAUCAGGACAGCGGCAUCCCUCUAACUCAGCUCCAGGUGGACGGAGGAAUGACGUCCAACAGACUGCUGAUGCAGCUGCAGGCCGACAUUCUCUGUAUCCCUGUUGUGAAGCCGUCCAUGCCUGAGACCACAGCUCUCGGAGCGGCGAUGGCAGCCGGAGCAGCAGAGGGGGUGAGCGUGUGGAGCCUGAACCCAGAGGACCUGAGUGAGGUCACAUCGGAGAAGUUCGAGCCUCAGAUCAACCCUGAAGAGAGCGAGUUUCGGUACGCUCGAUGGAAGAAGGCGGUUCAGAAAUCCAUGAACUGGGAGACGACAGAGCCUGUUUGUAAUGGGAACGGCGAAACUAGUAUCUUCAGCAGCGUCCCCCUGGGCUUUUACAUCAUGGGCAGCAUGCUGAUGUUAAUUGGUGCAAAAUACAUCUCAGGCCACAACUAGGCUCAGACUCCUGGAGGCAUCAGAGCAAAGAGGGCAGGUGGAAAUAAACGCUGUUCAUGCUGGACCACCACUUUGCACUCUCGGUUGCACUGUUUUUCCCAGAAGCAUUCCAGGAGGAGGAAGCUGCUGCAGAUUCUUACCACUGACCGGUAAACCAGGACAAAUUUGAACUGACUCAUGGGACUUUUCUUUAUUAUUAUUCUAAUUGUUUUUUUUUGUUUUUUUUUUAUUCAGACUGUUUUCUUUGCAGCAGAGAAGAACACAUUGUCGCAUUAGAGAUGAAUUUUAGCAGGAGUGUGCAUGCAGUAUUAUCAUUAAUUUUAUUUUUUACAGUGGUGACACAGUAUGAAUUCUGAGCCUACGUGUGUAGAUACUCUACUGAUAGUAGAGCAGAUUGUUAUCAUCUUUCCAUGGUGUUGUUAAGGUACGUUCAGAGUCUAAUUUGCAUUACUUGUUAUUUGUCACGUCACUGUUACCCUUGAUCGAUCUUCCAGAAGUCAUCUUGUGAUGUUUUGCUGUUCCAGACCUUCACUAUGAGCUACAGAGGAUUUUGUAGAGCACUUUAUAUUUUUUGUUUUGUCUUGUGGGAGCUGUGUACUAACAAGAGUCCAUAGAUAUAUAUAUAUAUGUAUAAAUAUAUAUAUUUUCUAACAGGUCAAAGAAUUUGAAAACAAGGGAAGAAAGAAAUGGGAUUUCAUGAACUGACAAGGCUGCUUUUUGGCUAAAGUGACUUUCGUUUACAUAACUGAAUGUUUGUUAAAAGUGAAUUUAUGUCAUGCAACAGGCAAACAUGCAAUGUAGGGCAAUGAUAGAUGCAUAUUUUUGACAGAAGCCAGAAAUCGAAGAAACCUCCUGAAAUCUGAAUUGACUUUAUAAUGAUUCAUUUAUGUUGUAGGCAAAAUGAUGGUCUCAGGCCUGUUCAUCCCAGGAUGAAUUUUUUAAGGCCUGACAUGUAAGAUUAGCCGUUGGAAUAUCCGGUUAUGGAAAAGUCAAACAGCAUUACUUUCGAUGUCAAUGCGCUUUAUUUAUUUAUUUAUUUUAAAAGAAUUCAUCAGGGAAGCUACACGUUUCUGUCAUUCUCACUGCCCAGUUACUCUUUUAUCAAGCUAAAUUAACAAUUAACAUCAUGCAAAACGCACCUGUCGCAUUAUGCAAAAGCCUUGUGUUGAACAAGUCAAAUGCAGAUGCUUUAUUUGCAUCCUUAAAGAUAACGCUCAGCGAAGCAGCUGUUCCUGAGUAAAUUAUUCAGAUUUAAUGCUUAACUCAAAGGGAGCUUUGUGAAACCAUUGGAACACUUAAACUCUAAAAGUAUUUCCCUUUGCUGUAUCGCAGAGGCUCGAGAAGUUAUCUUUGAGGAAGUAGAAGUGAGUAAAUGAAUGUCAGUGUUUAUUGUAUUGCCCAACAUUUGCCAUGUUUGUUGACUGUUUGGCUCAGAAACAGAAAAUAAGCCUGUGCUUCCAUUUGAUGGAGGCAGAGCGGGUUUGUUGUUCAGGAAAUGGUUUAGUGUUUGCUCUGUAUAAGGAUGCAGUUAUUUAUUAUACUGUACAAUCCAUGGAAGCCAUGAGAUGACUCAACGCAAAGGCUCACAGUGCUCUAUUGGGAUAUAAACACAACAAUGGGUAUUUAUUAAUGUAUUUAAUUUAAUGGAAUUAUCUUUUGGAGUAAGGAAGAUUUAUUUGAAGUGUGUCAAAGUAAAACAAGUGAAACUGGAGAGACUUAAAAUGACUGCAAGCAUGAAAGCAGUGUACAAUCGUAUUUAGAUUCUCAAUGCAUUGAAGGGACCUUUAAGCCCAAUUCUUAUGUUCCAGAUGUACUGAUCUUAUAAAAGUUGGUGAUUAAUGUAUGAAGAGAAGGUAAACAGGAACAAAUAUACAACAGGCAUUGCUUAGCUGGAAGUGUAAGGGGUUUAAAAGAAGGAAACUGUGUGUAUGUUGUCAGUUCUUAUGUAUGGAAAACAGGUUUCAUGGUAGAAUAAGUGUCAUCAAAAGUAUUCUCACCUUUUUCUAUUAAACUGAAAAACUGAAACUGAAAAGAA